AUGUUAGUUCGACCUGCCAGGCUCUUACAUCAGCAAAACAAGUUGAUAUGCUGUCGUCGUACGAGACAGUUCACCUCCACUUCGAUUGUCCACCCUCAAAGUCAACUCAUACAUCACUCAUCUUCACCUUCCAUCGAUGAAAGUUUCAACGAAUUCAUAAGGGAAGAUGAUAUGGGGAUGGGUAUGGGACCUAAGAAGAGUAUAAAACCUGGUAGAUCGAAAGGCAAGGGUAGAAUGCAUGAUCUAGUGAUAGUCGAUGAUCAAGAUUUGCAAUCAUCCUCAUCUAGUAGAUACGAUUCGCAUAGGUUCGGUCUAGUGCAAGAGGAACAAUAUAGUCACUCUUCUACGUCAUCGAUGGGUCAAAGAGAAGAUGGAGAAGGAGACUACAUACUUGAACGAAGGGAAGAGAGGAGAUCACCAGCUGCUGUUUUGGGAAGUAAGAGGAUAGGAGUGGUAGUUCUGCCUGAAGCUUUGAAGAACGGUAUACAGCGUCAAAUUGAUCAGUUAGAUGAUCCUCGUACACUACGUCAAUCAUACCUUGAUCUUCCUUCGUCACCAUCUGGCAAAAUGCGAGACGAAAAGGUGGACCAUCGAUCGAGUAAACCUAGAAAGACGAUCGAGAGUGAGCUGGCCAAAGCCUCAGCUAUCUUACCUGGUGAAUAUGGUGUAGUGAGAAAUAUAUAUGAGGAGAUGGACAGGAGACUGGGGAAAGGAUGGCUCGAGAAAGCAGGUCAGGAAGGUGAAAUCAAGGAGGUUGUCGAGUUUUCUGGAGGGUUGGGAGCAGGCGUGUGGGCUACUGUCGAUGCUCUCAAGGAUACAUCUUCUUCUGAGAAUCUUAGGAUCCAGCUUGUACACUCUUCGAGACAUGGGUUAGAUCUUGCUCAGAAAAUUACAGAAGAUAUCCCUGAACAAGCCGCCGAGAUACACUAUUAUCGAAAACACCAUACAUUCCCAUCAUCUCCCUCUCUUGUUUUGUCGACAUUCCUCCUUUCUACUCUUCCCACACAGCCCUCACAGCAAUCUCAUCUACUUCAACUUCUAUCCCUCGAUUCUCCUUAUAUCGUACUCGUAGAUAGAUCGACACCUGCAGGCUGGCAGGCUAUUUCUAAUGCUCGAUCGUUCCUUCUUGACCAGUCGACAUCAGAAAACCCCUUACACGUUAUUGCGCCUUGUCCCCACGAUGGUGUGUGUCCGUUGGUAGCCACAGACGAUAAAUGCAGUUUCAGUCAGAGACUCCAACGUCCUUCUUUCGUCAGGAAGACCAAGCAUUCCAAUAGAGGUGAAGAGGACACCGGGUACUGCUAUGUCGUCUUAGCGAGAGGCGCACGUCCGAUCUCAGGAUCAUCCGAAGAAGCUCAUCUUCAGGGAAUGCCGAAGAGCGCCUUGGGUAGGAUGGGCGGAGUUGGGAAGGAGGAAGCCGAGAAGGCUAGAUUGAAGAAAGAUGGUAGAAGUGUACUCAGAGAGAUAGAAGGCCAUGAAGGAAUACUAGAAGUGGUCAAUUUGCCGGAAAUGGAUCCUACUCAGAAUUCACAUCACACAGAAACUGCUGGAAGUCAGGAGGACAGGAACGAUAUGCAAAGAGGGUUAAGGAAUGAAGCGUACUCUUGGCCGAGAUUGGUAGCUCCCCCUAUGAAGAGAAGUGGGCACGUUACAAUGGAUGCUUGUUGCCCGGAUGGUAACAUCCAAAGACUUACAUUCUCGAAGUCGCAUUCCAAGCAAGGAUACCAUGACGCUCGAAAAUCCUCAUGGGGUGAUAUUUUCCCUCAUACGCCCAAAGCUACCCCUGUUGUAAGGACUAGAGGUGUAAGGAGAUUGAGCAAACCUAUCAAAGAUGAUCAAAUCUUGAGUGAUUUGACGGCUGUUUUACGUGAGGAAGGAUCAGAAAUGGACGAUCCGGUAUUAGCAGAUGAGCUUGAGGAACUGGCAAAGCUGGGAAUUAACAUACCCAAAGCUGAAAUCGUGGAGGAUGCUAGUGGCCGAUUGCAACCCGUCAACGGCAGCACAACUCAAGGACCUUUCGGACAAUCAGGGCAGAGGAGAAGUUUCAGCUCUUUCAGUACCCGAAGACCAUCCAUCCAAACAGUCGGUCUUUCGCCUCUCCUGCAAUAUCGCUUCAUGUCAGCUCGACCACCUCCAAGAGCUAAAGUAACGCUAUCAACGUUGAAGAAACUUUCCAUGGCAAAAAAACCAAUCACCGUCCUCACAGCUUACGAUUUCCCCACAGCCCUUCUGUCGGAAUCAUGUGGUGUGGAUAUGACAUUGGUUGGAGAUUCGUUAUCCCAAGUCUGUCUGGGUCACACCUCAACUACAGAGAUCACACUGAAUGAGAUGAUUCAUCAUGCUAAAGCAGUUACGAAAGGUGCUAAAACACCUUUUGUCUUUGCUGAUUUACCUUUCGGAUCCUUCGAAGUCUCCCUCGAAGACGGCGUGAGAAACGUCAUCAGACUAGUCAAAGAAUCUGGAAUUGACGGAGUGAAGAUCGAAGGUGGAUUAGAAAUUGUACCUCUAGUGAGGAGGUUGAGUGAAAUCGGUAUACCUGUCAUGCCUCAUUUGGGUCUACAACCUCAACGAGCUACUUCCUUAUCCGGCUACCUGGUACAAGGUCGAACUUCUCAGUCAGCAUACGAUAUCUACAAUACUGCCAGAGCCAUGCAAGAUGCCGGCGCAUUUGCGAUUUUACUUGAAGCUAUUCCGGAUAAAGUAGCUAGGAGGAUAACGGAAGAUCUAGAUAUCAUCACUAUUGGUAUUGGUGCAGGGAACGGGACGAAUGGUCAAGUAUUGGUAAUAACGGAUGUACUAGGUACAUACGCACAAGAACCUCAACCUGAAGAAGAGAUUGAUGUGGUUGAACCCGCGACUCAACUGGCUUUGAACGACGUCAACGUACCUUCGACACCUUCCAUCGCUAGUAACACAACGAUAUCAGUCAAUACCAACGAGUCUUCUGACCAGGAAGAUUUAGGUGAUAUCGCGAAAUUGGAACAACCUAGGAAGUCACUGCAUUCACCUAAGUUUGUUAGACAUUUCGGUAAUAUCGGGGACUUGUCCCGUAAAGUGAUCAGCAGUUAUCUGAGAGCUGUUAGAGAGGGCGAUUUCCCUAAUCAUAGUGAGAGUUAUGGGAUGAAGAAGGAUCAGUGGGAGGGGUUUUUGAAAUUACUUGAAGACCGGAAAGGAGACAAAUAG